UCCAUCUUUGUAGGCAUAUAGAUGACCUGCCUUCAGAGGUUUGUUUGAGGCUGCAUUACCGAAAAUACUUUUAUCUGUACUGUUAAACAAUGGGAGAAAGUAUACAAGUCCAAAAAAGCUUCAUUUGUUCUUUUGUCAACUGCAAAGCCACCUUCAAUAAAUCAUGGAAAUUAGAUGCCCAUCUUUGCAAGCACACAGGUUUGAAACCCUUUUCGUGCAAGAACUGUGACAAGCGAUUCUGCACCCGCUAUGAGCUCACCAGACAUGAGUUGAGCCACAGUGGCGAGAGACCAUACAAGUGUCAGGCGGAAGGAUGCGCCGCAGACUUUGUCACACAUGCGAGCAUGAAAAACCACAUGAUACAGGUUCACCAGCUCCAGGAGAAGCACUAUAAGUGUGACCACGAAGUCUGUGGGAAGGAGUUCCGAAAGAAGAGCAAGCUCAAGACGCACAAGAUGGAACAUAAACAACUGUUGCCCUUUCAAUGUGACAUUGAGGACUGUAAAAAGCAAUUUGCUGCUCCUGGACAACUGAAGCGACAUGGGAAAGUUCACCAAGGUUACCCCUGUGCUGUGGAGGACUGUCCAUUCCAGGGGAAGACCUGGUCUGAGUACCAGAAACACAGGAAGGCUGUGCACAGAGUCAAGUUGCAGUGCGACAGUUGCAGCAGGGUGUUCCUGGAGGCAUGGUUCUUGAAGCAGCACCAGCUACGGAUACACUCCGAUGUGCCCAAGAAGGUGUUCCAGUGCUCUGACGCGGAGUGCAGGAAGACCUUCACAAAGCGCUUCAACCUUGAGAACCAUCAGUUGUCAGAACACGAGGGCAAGAAGGCCUUCUGCUGUGCCCACGAAGGCUGCGGCAAGAGCUUCGCUAUGCAGGAGAGUUUGAGACGACACCAAGUGGUUCAUGACCCGCUGAAGAAGAAGCUCCAGAAGAGUCACCCCAAAAAGGGCAAGUCUUCACAAAGGAAGACCAAGACAGAGUCUGGGACAGCGUCCACACAGGCUGAGACCAGCGAACUGGCUGCCAGACUACGUAACACAAGCUUGAAUGACUCUACCCCCUAAAGCUGUAUUGCCCUACCCCCUCACCCUGUUACACCUGCUCUGACAUGGACCCACAGGUGUCCAGGAACCUAUUUGCUCCGCGUUAAACGUCUUUUUGUUCAGUAAUUUUCAGGAGCUGAAUCUUUCUGUUAUGCAUUAUUAGAUCCCUGUUGGCUGCUGCUCCGGCAGACUGCUGCUUCUGGGGUCCACUCUUCAAAUAAACCCUCACAACUGCAA